AGGCCAGGCUUUAACCAUCGCGAGAGUUGCGGCCUCGGGUGCGGGAUGGCCGCGGAGCCGGGAGGAGCUGGCCUGUGCUUCCCGGCUCCGGCUCUCUGGCCCGAGACAUGGCCCGAGGUCCCGGUCCUUUAGGCCAGCCUCGCCCCAACACGAUAACCAUGCCCAAGAGAGGAAAGCGACUGAAGUUCCGGGCCCACGACGCCUGCUCCGGGAGAGUGACCGUGGCGGAUUACGCCAACUCGGAUCCGGCAGUCGUGCGGUCUGGACGGGUCAAGAAAGCCGUGGCCAAUGCGGUUCAGCAGGAAGUAAAGUCUCUUUGUGGCUUGGAAGCAUCCCAGGUUCCUGCAGAGGAAGCUCUUUCUGGGGCCGGUGAGCCCUGUGACAUCAUUGAUAGUAGCGAUGAGAUGGAUGCCCAGGAGGAAAGUAUCCAUGAGAGAACCAUCUCCAGAAAAAAGAAAAGCAAGAGACACAAAGAAGACCUGGACGGGGCGGGAGGAGAAGAGUAUCCUAUGGAUAUUUGGCUCUUGCUGGCCUCCUACAUCCGUCCUGAAGAUAUUGUGAAUUUUUCCCUGAUUUGUAAGAAUGCCUGGACUGUCACUUGCACUGCUGCCUUUUGGACCAGAUUGUACCGAAGGCACUACACGCUGGAUGCUUCGCUGCCCCUGCGCCUGCGACCGGAGUCCAUGGAGAAGCUGCGCUGUCUCCGGGCGUGUGUGAUCCGAUCUCUGUACCAUAUGUACGAACCGUUCGCUGCUCGUAUCUCCAAGAAUCCAGCCAUUCCAGAAAGCACCCCCACCACAUUAAAGAAUUCCAAAUGCUUACUUUUCUGGUGCAGAAAGAUUGUUGGGAACAGACAGGAGCCAAUGUGGGAGUUCAAUUUCAAGUUCAAAAAACAGUCCCCUAGAUUAAAGAGCAAGUGUAUGGAGCGAUUGCAGCCUCCCAUUCAAUAUGAAGAUGUUCAUACCAAUCCAGACCAGGACUGCUGCCUUCUGCAAGUUACUACCCUCAAUUUCAUCUUUAUUCCAAUUGUGAUGGGGAUGAUAUUUACCCUGUUUACAAUCAAUGUGAGUACGGACAUGCGGCAUCAUCGAGUGAGACUGGUGUUCCAAGAUUCUCCUAUCCGUGGUGGGCGGAACCUGCGCAGCGAGCAGGGUGUGCAAGUCAUCCUGGACCCAGUGCACAGUGUUCGGCUCUUUGACUGGUGGCAUCCGCAGUAUCCAUUUUCCCUGAGAGCGUAGUUACUGCUUCCCAUCCCUUGGGGCAGCCCUGAGUCUAGUCCAUUAGUAAUCAGAUUCCAGUUUGGAAGGGGCAGCCGAAUUGUAUAUCUGAUUAGUAAUGCACACGCUCUUUGGAUUCCUGGGGCUUCUAUUACAGGAAGGAGAAGGGUUCAAUCAAGAGGAAGACUAUGAUUUAUAAACAUAUUUUAAUGUAAAAAUUUGCAUUUGAAAAGAUAAACCUGACCCUGUUUUCUGUGUUAAAACCUAGUUUGGUGCUAUUGAGUUUGUUUCUUUAUUCUUUCGUACCAGUGGAAAAACGGAUGAUACUACUCUAGGGAAAAAUUAAACUCAAAUCUUCAAGCAAGGAAAUUUCCCUCUAUGGAUCAGAGGAACCCCAAGGCCUAAAAUUGUUCUACUGUUGCUUCCAAUGUAGCUGUCCUUCAAUUCAAGUGAAUACUUUCUCUUCUUCCUUUACCCAUCUCCAGAAAUAAAGCAGGUGACAGGGUUUUCCGAAUCUUA